AUGGGAGGUGUCCAUGGCAACAACCGUUUGGGCGGUAACUCGCUUCUCGAUUGUGUUGUCUUCGGUCGCUUGACUGCUGACGAUGCUUGUGAGGGUCUCCUUGGUCUCAAGAAGAGCGUCUCUCUGCCUGCUCUUGCUAAGGCACCUGCUAGCGUACCCAAGAAGGUUGCUCAAGCUAAGGUUGCUGCGGCUCCUGCUGCUCCUGUUGUACACGGUUACACUAAGGAGGAAGUCGCUAAGCACACCACUGAGAGUGAUUGCUGGGUUAUCAUCAAUGGCCAGGUCUUGAACGUAACGAACUUCCUUCCAGAACAUCCUGGUGGAAAACUUGCCAUCAUGACCUUUGCAGGCAAAGAUGCUAGUAAGGAGUUCAACAUGAUCCAUCCAUCUGAUGUCAUUGAGAAGUAUGCCCCCGAUUGUGUCCUCGGUCCUGUUGUUGACAAGGCUACUGCUGCUGCUGCUCCUGUUGCUCCGUCUACUGCUGCAGUGACGGUCACUCCGACAAAUUCUGCUGCCGCUGGUAAGUCGUAUACUAUGGAAGAGAUCUCGAAGCACAAUUCCCGUGAAUCUUGCUGGGUUGUGAUCGAUGGUGAGGUCUUGGAUGUUACGGGUUUCUUGCCUGAUCAUCCUGGUGGAGAUAUCUCUAUUCUCAACUAUGGUGGUAAGGAUGCCACUGAGCCCUUCCACGAUAUUCAUCCUGCUGGUAUCAUCCAGAAGUACUGCCCUGACGCUGUCAUCGGUGUCGUUGGAACCGGCUCAGCUGCCCCCUCAACUGUGUCUACGGCUCCUGCUUCUGCUCCAGCUCCCGCUGUCUCGGGGUACACUAAGGAAGAAGUGGCUAAGCAUACCACCGAGAGUGAUUGCUGGGUCAUCAUUAAUGGCCAGGUCUUGAAUGUAACGAACUUCCUCCCUGAACAUCCUGGUGGAAAACUCGCUAUUAUGACUUUCGCGGGUAAGGAUGCUACUAAGGAGUUCAACAUGAUCCAUCCGGCUGAUGUUAUUGAGAAGUACGCUUCUGAGUGUGUUCUUGGUCCCGUUGUUGAGGCCAAUUCUGCACCUGCUGUAGCAGCUACGAGUGCACCUGCUCCGGCUGCUCCUACUGCAGUAACGACCACUCCGACAACAUCUGGUGCCGCUGGCAAGUCUUACACUAUGGACGAGAUCUCGAAGCAUAACUCUCGCGAGUCCUGCUGGGUUGUGAUUGAUGGUGAGGUCUUGGAUGUUACGGAUUUCUUGCCUGAUCAUCCUGGUGGAGAUAUCUCUAUUCUCAAUUUCGGUGGCAGAGAUGCUACUGGGCCUUUCCACGAUAUUCAUCCUGCUGGUAUCAUCCAGAAAUAUUGUCCCGACGCUGUCAUCGGUGUC